AUGAAAGCCAGAUAUUUACUGUUCUUUUCUUAUAUAGGGACUUCAUUCAGGUCUUCGGAGAAAAUAUGGCUUAAAGAAGCACGGAACUAUACAGAUACAGAGAGCAUACAAGGGCUGUUGGAAUUGGGGUUGUUAAGACUGAAGUCACUAAAUUAUCCAAAUCUCACCCUGUCCAGCCGUACAGAUGGUGGAGUCCAUGCAUUGAAUGCAAGUGCUCAUGUUGACUUGGAACGGAACGGGUCCUUACCUUACAACACUGAGGGUGUCACAUACAAUCUCAACAAGUUUUUCUAUAAAAACAACACUGGAAUAUAUGUGAGGAAGUGUAUCAGGGUGCGAGAUGACUUCAGUGCUAGAUAUAAUGCUAUUAGUAGAACAUAUUUGUAUAGACUGGCCGUUCUGAAGAAAGGUAUAGUUUUGCCAGAAGACACUUCAUUGGCAUCGUACAUACCCAUAGAAGAGUGGAGAAAGUGCCACUUUCUGAGACAUCAAGAUUUCGACAUAGAAAAGUUCAAGGUAGGCGCGAAGUAUUUUGUUGGUUACCACGAUUUCACGACAUUCAAAAAAUUCGAUAAAUUGAAGCAACAUAAACAGAAUCGAAGAGAGAUAAAGUCCUUAGAGGUGCGGCCAGGCAGGCCUUUAGUCACUAGUUACACCACUGCGCAGGAAAACAUCUUUGAUUAUUGGGAUAUCGAAAUCAAAGGCAGAGCAUUUGUACAUAAUCAGAUACGGCGCAUGGUCGGCGCCCUCAAUAGCGUCGCCAUAGGCAAGCUCCCACCCGAAGAGAUAAAAGUAAUGUUACAAGUACCUUCGAAGCACUCCUGGUACAGUUUCAUACAUACUGGACCACCUGACGGUCUCUACCUGUGCAACGUGGAGUAUAACCCACAGGAUCUUGUCUAUAGUGCUGAGAAGAACGAGGACAAGAAGAUAAGAAAAGAAAGUGAUAGUGAUGUGGAAUGUGAAAUUGGAUAG